AUGAAUGGAAGAGAUCCACGAGUAUUUUACACCAACCAAAAUGCAGAUUAUGUUGAAAGACUGACAAUGCGGAUGAAAAAUGGCUUCAGCAGCCCAAUGUGCAAACCAGCUGAAUAUGAAAAACUGCAGGCCAUUAUGGAGGCCAAACGUCAGGAGUCCAAUCUGAUCGGACAUAAGGUUCAAGGGAGCUUGUAUGCCGCCAAAGUAACCAAGGAGAAGUCAGUCCUACGGCAGCACAGGCAGGUGUGGAGCUCCGAGUGCCCCAGGCUGCACAAGGCUGCGAAGAAGAUGGAGGACGACAUCCAGGACUUCUUGCAGCAAAUCAGACCAAGCGACAGAACCGACACGGCCGUCUUCUCUCUCCAAGAAUAUGAGCUGUGUCUGGAGAGGGAGAGGCAGGCCUUCAGGAGGGCCACUGUGGAGCCUGUUCUUCAGCUCAGAGACGACCUCCGCUACAGACUGAGUGAAGGACUAAACCAGCCACUUCACGUCCAUGAGUCAGAUUGGGAUCAGGUGCUACAGCAGGUAAACGUUGUCAAGGAGCAGCAGGCGAACAUCACCACAAAACUUCAAGAUGAGUACAAUGCAGUGGAGGCAGAAGUCUCAGCUCUGGGCUUGGAGGACAUGCUGAGUGUGCCUUCGGAUGCGGAGACGACGGAUGUUGUCCCCAGGGUUGUUGUGGACGAAGACUGUCCCUACCCUGAGCUGAAAGAUUCCCUGAUUGAGGCUUUCCAUUCGCUGUCGGAGAGGUACAGGGAGAGGCUGGAAAGGAUACAAGAGCAGUUGGAUCAGACUGACAGAUUCUGUGGUUGGGAUGAGGACGACCACCUAAAGUUCACCAUCAUAGCGUCACAAUACAACCAGGACUUACCCAACUACAGGAGUCUGUGUAUGGACAUGUUGCAGAGAGCCUUCACACAUCGAUCGAGGCAGCAGCUGUUGGAGCACGAGCAGCAGUGGCGCUGGCAGAACUUCACGCAGAGUCAGUGGAGGGCAGUGAAACAGAAGUGGUACAGGGACCAGGACGAGCUGCUGACCCGGGCCCUGGUCACUCUGCACGAGGCCAAACACGCCCACCAGGAGGCGCUAGACAUUCACAGGGACAGACAGCAGCAGCGUGACAUCUGUGACCAGCUCCACGCCAAGUUGCAGCAGUGGCGGGCUCAGCAGGAGGAGGUGGCCGGGCUAGAGGCUGUCAUAGCUGCCAGACAUCAGGAGGAAGAGGAGCAGAGGCUAAAGAGGGAGAAGGAGAAGGAGGCUACUGUCAGGACGCAGCAGAAGGAACAAGUGAAGGAGUUCUAUCUGAAGCAGCAGAAGAGGAGAGAGCAGGUGGAAAGGAGAGAUCAGGAGAGGCUGGCCAGUCUGAGAGCUUUAAUGGUGGAACAGGCCAAGAGAGACAGAGAGAGGGUAGAGUUUAGGGCAGAGAUGCUGGAGCGGCGCAGGGGGGAGAGAGAGGAGCGAGAGGCCGAUCGUCAAAAAGAGGAAGAGGAGAAACAGAAACGUCUGGAAGCUCUCCGAAACCAGGUUGCGGUGGUUGCAGAAGCCAAUCCUGAGAGAUUAAUGGCAGACACGGAGGCCUGGAAGUGCCGACAUGGGAACGGGGAGGAUUUUGAACUCCAACGGCCGCUGUACAGCAUCAAUACAUACACGGACUCGCAGAUUGUGUCAGAUCCAAGGGUGCGGAUUGAGCAGGCUCUAAGACAAGCUGGUUUACACAACACGAUGUACGCCAAAGAAGUGCUAUCUACCAUCCCACCGCCCAAGCCUCCCAGGAGAGACACAAAAUCUAUAAUUAAACUCUGA